CCAUUAUUUUUUGCUUCAACAAUUGCUUCAAGAAAGGAUACGUAAAAGUCAAACAAAAACAAGGCAUAAUGACAUCCUCUGCACCCUUCGGAUAUCACAACAACCCAAUAUUGAAAUUGAUGGACUUGCACCUUCCAACAAAUUUCCUUUCAUCUCGAACGAUCAAAACCUCAGAACAUAGCUUCCCCACUACGAUUAGUGCAGCCAUAUGGCGAUUCAGGUGGUCGCAUCAUCAUCAUCAUCAUCUUCAUCAUCACCCCCUAGCUUCACCAACGGAACAAAGUAUAGAUAUGAUGUUUUUCUGAGUUUCAGAGGCGAAGAUACUCGCCAAACCUUCACUGUGCCUCUCUACGAUGCUUUGCGAUGCAACGGAAUCAACGCCUUCAUUGAUGACAAGAAGCUUGGGAAAGGGGAAGAGAUCUCACCUACGCUUCUUAAAGCCAUUGAGAGAUCAAGGAUUUCCAUUAUUGUCUUCUCUAGGAACUAUGCUACUUCCACAUGGUGCUUAGAGGAACUCGCCCACAUCGUUUGGUGCAAGAAGGAGAAGAACCAGUUGGUUAUGCCCAUCUUUUAUAAGGUGAAUCCGUUGGAUGUUCAGUAUCAAAGAAAUAGCUUUGAGGAAGCCAUGGCUGAUCUUGAACAUAGGUUCCAUGGUAACUUGAAGAAAGUGCAAAAAUGGAGGUCCGCUUUGUCUGAAGCUGCAAGCUUAUCAUCAACAUGGCUUUUCGAUGAUGGAAACCAAGUCAAGUUCAUUGAAGGAAUUGCCAAAUAUGCAUAUGCUAUGCUGCCUCCUAAACGCUUUCAUAACACUGAUCAUAUGGUUGGACUUGAGCCUCGCGUAGAGGAGGCGAUGUCACUUUUGAAUCAAUCUAAUGAUGCUGUUUGUAUGUUGGGAAUCCAUGGAACUGGUGGAGUUGGCAAAACAACCCUUGCAAAAGCUAUUUAUAAUUCAAUCUUCCACCAAUUUGAAGGUUCAUGUUUUCUGUUUGAUGUGAAAGGAGUAUCAAAGAAAUACAAGGGCAUUGUUCGCCUUCAACAAACAUUUUUAUCAGAGAUUCUUGAGGAGAAGAGGAUGAAGUUUGCUAGUGUUGAUGAAGGAAUAUCAAAAAUAAAACAUAGACUCUCUCAUAAAAAGGUUUUCUUGGUUCUUGAUGACAUUGAUGAGGUUGAACAGUUAGAACAGCUUGCAGGGGGAUGUGAUUGGUUUGGUCGCGGAAGCAAGAUCGUUAUAACAACAAGAAAUAAGCAAGUGCUAAUUGCAUGUAAUGUUAAGAAAACAUAUGAAAUGAAGAAGCUAAAUCAGCUUUACUCUCUUGAACUCUUCUGUUGGUAUGCGUUUUGUACAAGCCAACCUCCAAAAGAUUAUAAAAAUAUGUCCAUUCAUGUGAUAAGGCAUGUACAUGGCCUUCCUCUCGCUUUAAAAUUAAUCGGCUCCAAUUUGGCACAUAAAAGCAUUGAGGAAUGGAGAUCUAUAUUGAAGCAGUAUGAUGAGAUUCCAGAAAGAACAAUUCAUCAUGUAUUGAAAAUAAGUUAUGAUUGCUUACAAGAUGGUGCUAAGCAUAUUUUCUUAGAUAUUGCUUGUUUCUUUAGAGAGGAGGAAUUUGAAUUUGUUGAGGCAAUACUAAAAGCUUGUGAUUCUGGGGCAAGGUUUUAUAUCGAGGUUCUUGUUGACAAAUCUCUAGUAACCAUUGCUGAUAAUGGUUACUUGUACAUGCAUGAUCUUAUACAACAAAUGGGUAGAGAGAUUGUUAGGCAAGAAGCACCAUCAGAUCUUGGCAAGCGCAGUAGAUUAUGGUAUUAUGAAGAUGUUCUCAAAGUACUACAUGAAAAUUUAGGAGGCAACAAUAUUGAAGGAAUAAUACUAGAUCCACCUCAGGAAGAAGAAGUGAAGUGCAGUGAUUUAGCCUUUGAGAAGAUGAAUAAUCUUAGAAUUAUCAUUAUUCGCAAUACCCGAUUCUUAACAUGUCCUAAAUAUCUUCCAAAUAGUUUAAUAUUACUUGAUUGGCAGGGGUAUCCUUCUGUGAAUUUGCCUCCAGAUUUUUCUCCUCCGAAGCUGGUUUGCCUCAAGAUAUGCGGAAGUCCUUUCAGCUUAGAGCAUUCAUUCGAGAAUUUUGAAUACUUGACAUAUUUGGAUUUCUCAAAGUGUGAAUUCAUAACUGAAGUACCUGACAUGUCUCAAUUUCAAAACUUAAAAACAUUAAGCUUCCGUGAAUGUCACAAUCUGGUCAAAGUUCAUGAUUCUGUGGGAUCUCUCUGUAAGCUUGUCGAAUUAAACGUUAGUAAGUGCAUCAAACUUGCAAGCUUUCCACAGGAAAUCAAGAUGCCAUCUCUUCAAGUUCUUAAUUUCAAUAAUUGCAAGAGUCUUGACUACUUCCCACACAUCGUUGGAAACAUGGAUCCAUUAAUGUAUGUUUAUGCAGAAGGCAGCGCUAUUAAUAAGCUCCCAUCUUCUAUUGGAAAUCUUCCAAAGCUUGAUAUUUUAAGUUUAAGAUCUUGCGAAAAUCUUAGGGAGCUUCCGAACAGCUUAUUGACAUUGCAUAAUCUUGGAGUGCUUCUAUUAGGAGGUCUAAAACCUCAUGGGAGAAAAUCUCUGAAGAAAUUAAUGCAAGAGAGCCAACCACCAACUAUUAGCUGCACAAACAUAGACCGCUUGGAUCUCCAUAACUGUGGUCUAUUAGAUGAAGAUCUUCACCUAACUCUGAAAUGUUUUCAGAAUAUGAGAGACUUGAAUCUAUCAGGAAAUGAUUUUGUGUCCCUUCCUGAGUGCAUUAAGGACUGUGUUCAUUUGUGGAAACUAGAAGUGAGUGACUGCAAGAGACUUAGAGAUGUACCUGAGCUGCCAUCAAGUUUAGGGGACAUAACGGCAGAGAAUUGCACAUCAUUAACCACAGAGUCUUCAGGCCAUUUAUGGUCUCAGGCCAUAAAGUGCAAUCGCAUGGCUAUCUGGAUGCCAGCAACAACAUAUCCAGGUUGGUUUGACCAUUGCUGUAAAGGAGACACAUUGUCUUUUUAUGUUCGUGGCAAAAAUUUUCCUCGUGUUGUAGUUGCAUUUGAGACGGGGAAGGCGAAUAGAAGUGAGAGAUACAGCUUUUAUGUUUUUAUGAGCAUAAAUGGUAGUCAAAAAAUGCCAUGGAUGCAAAGUGAUUUUCCUAUUGAAGUAGAAGGAGGCCGUGUUUUGGUUUCUUAUGGUAAACAAGGCCAUAUGCUUUUCUCUGAUCUACUGGGUGAAUUUUCAGAAGAAGAGUUGGAAGGACUUAAUAAGUCUCUUCAAUUGGAUUGGAAUGAUGUGGAAAUACAAGUUACAUCUCGCACAGAUGAUAUAGCCAUAGUUAACUGUGGAGUUUAUGUUGACAAGAAGCAAACAAACAUGGGGAAUGUACAGUUCAAGUCUCCCUUUCCUUCAAGAGCUUCACGGAAACGAAAGGCCAUGGCCUCUCAUCCUAACGAACCACCCAAGAAGCGCUUGAGAAAGUUCAAUAACGCAGUGAAGGAUAAGGAGAGCUAAGCCACGCCAAAAUUUUUAUUCGUGGAACAAGAUGUUUCCCCCCCA